GUGUGCGCUCACAAACCUGUCAGCUCUGCGUCAUCAUGAGGAAGCGUGUGACGUCAUCACAGCGCGACACUAUGGCAUGCUAGCGUGAUACUUGUGAAGGGCAUUUAUAUUCAAAUUUAUAUACAUAAUCACGUGUGAGGAUGUCUGUGAAUCUUCUCUCCUGUGCUCUGAGGUCUCUGUCUCUCUGUAAGGUGGGCUCUCGUCCCGUACCGUCUCAGAUAGUGAGCAGCUCUGUUCUUCAGGCCAGUUCAGGUGCACCUGCAAACAUCUUCAGCAGCUCACUGACAGCAUGGAGAGGAUUCAUCACGAGCACGUCACUACAGCAGAACCGCAGUCUGUGGAAACAGAGAGAGAAAUACACCGUCCGACCAAUCGGCAUGAAGAAGACCGGAGGGAGAGAUUACACAGGUAAGAUCAUCAGGCACGGGAUUGGUGGAGGACACAAGCAGCGCUAUCGAAUGAUCGACUUCCAGCGGCUGCGAUAUGAAGCAGGAAAUGAGGAUCAGCCCAUCGUUGAGAAGGUCGUAGAAGUGAGAUACGAUCCAUGCAGAUCGGCAGACAUCGCUCUGGUCGCUGGUGGAAGUCGUAAGCGCUGGAUCAUCGCUACAGAGAACAUGGAAGCUGGCGAUCUGAUCAAGACGUCUGGUGUGAUCGGACGCAUCGCAGUCUUAGCCAAUGAGGGAGACUCUUAUCCGCUGGGCUCGCUUCCUGUCGGGACACUGGUCAAUAAUUUAGAGCUUUAUCCUGGAAAAGGAGCUCAGUAUAUCCGUGCCGCAGGCACUUGUGGAGUUUUGCUUCGUAAAGUAAACGGCACGGCUAUUAUUCAGCUCCCUUCUAAACAUCAGAUUCAGGUUUUGGAGACGUGUGUGGCAACGGUCGGCCGAGUGUCAAACAUCGAUCACAACAAGCGCAUCAUCGGUAAGGCGGGUCGGAACCGCUGGUUGGGCAUCAGACCAUCGAGUGGACUGUGGAAGAGGAAGGGCGGGUGGGCGGGACGCAAGAUCAGACCUCUGCCGCCCAUGAAGAGCUUCAUCAACCUACCAUCUGUCGCUUCCAAACCAUGAUGACAUCACUGAUCACCUGAUACAAGCAUCAACAGUGUGGACUUUUGUGUACGUUGAUAUGAGGAGCGUUGUGGUCAUGUGAUCUGUAAAUAACGAACUCUGAUAAGUGACAUCAUCAAAAUAAAAUAAAUGAAACCAUCUGCACAA